AUGGCAUCUCUGAUCAGUGCUCCAACUCCGUCGCAAGAUUCAGCAUGUCCCCAAAAGACCACCUCUUUCGCAGCGCUCUGGUUUGAGGAAUUGCAGAGAUCUAGAGAUGCGUUAAAUCCAGCGCCAGAUACUCAGAGAGACGAUAAAUUACCUGUGAAGGACCCAAUAAUACAAACUUCACCAGUGCUACAACUGUCCAAAGUGGCAUCAAGCGACUCCUGUGUCUCAGAACAGCUUGAAUCCGAAGGCCAAGACUGCGUCAUGACACAAACAAGGACAGGGGAUACCUCAGAGACGAAUGAAGACGAUCCAUCGAAUGAAUUGAAACUUCUACAAGAUCUUAAGCUGUUUUUAUUCACAGCUUCUUCAAAUCUAUGUCGUUCAAUAAUGGCAUCCUCAACAGCUCACAAGUCGGGGAAAGAGGUAUUUCUCCCCUGCGAUGAAAAGCCUCACGUGAUUCCAGGCUAUGGAUUGGCCAUGGAGCUUGACUCGAAUGUUUGCGCUUUGGCAGCAAGCGCAAGCUCGAGCAUGAAUGUACCAAAGCUGUUGAAAGGAGGUGCACCGCAAGGUGAAAAUGCUUUUGAGUGGCGACUCGACAUUGAGGAAAAGGACGUUGACACAACACCUCUAAACACUCCUGUGCGUAAUCGAUCACCCACGCAUUUGUGUCGUGGUGUCCAGUUCCAGUAUGAAGAACAUCCGCCGGCUUUGAGCCUCAUUGAACUCGACCCUGGGCUAGGGUAUGGAUGGCGAGGUCCUGAUUGGCAGGAUACUCACGGUAAAUACAGCGUCUACAAAGUUGAAGGUCCUAGCAUCUACGGGAGAUGUAGACCGAACAAUACUCCAUUUCCUGGCGUUACAGAGUACUACAAAUCAAUUGAGGUGGAGACCAUGACGCGGUGGGAGACGAUUAAGUCAAGGUAUCGGAAAGCUAGCCAAUUAGCUCAAAUAAGAGCCAAGCUGCGCGAGGACAUCCGCGAAUCAGAAGACUGGAGGAAGCACCUCGUAACUUUGAUCUCCGAAUCGAGUAGCGAGUCUGAAGAAAGUGAAGCUGACAAGCGUCGCAGACUGCAUGAAAAACGUGAACUAAAAAUAAGACGGGGUGAAUCAGACUAUGAGGAUCCUGACAGGGUGAGGUCUUUAUUGUCGUCAUCGUCGUCGUCCAUCGAUAGUGAUGACUCAAUGAAAGCCAAGCUUGAAGUCAACCCAAGAUGCAAGAGGAAGCACACGCACUGUUACCCAGGGACAUAUGCGCCCCGAGGCCGCACUUCAACUCCUUAGAUGCACUUAGUGAACAUUUAUCCUUCCAACUUAAAAAUUCAUUGACGAGCCCAAUUAAGCUCUCAGCUUCAAAGAGGAAAAGCAACAAGAUUGGGAUGAUUUGAGAAUAUAAGAAACUCUUGUCUGCAGAAGCAAAUGGCGAAUCAUAAUUAUGUACAAACGGUUAAAAGUAAGCGUCAUGGCAUAAAACGUCCGAGCGUCCGAUCAUGGUUCUCAGGGACUCAAACAUCUUGAAGAUACAAACGGCAAGUCACGGAGCAGCAUGGUCUACACUAGGUGUGGGUUCCCCAGCUACAGGUGAUGAUAUCGGUGAAGGCUGCAAUCCACCAGCAGAAACUGGAAAUUCUUGCCUGUCCCCUGAAUGAAUUAACACCGAUUCGUCCUCAGUAGCACGUUCAUUUCCCUGGCAAUAUUGCAAUCAGAAUGUUAGUCACAGGGGUCACAGAUGCCUAAUGCACAUUGGAACUCUAGAUGAAUAGAACACCUGUAAUUGCCAGUAAGUUUGAAGAAAAUUAAAAGAUUACGGAC